AUGGACAUCUACGCGUCAGUCUCGAACUACAUCACGAAGAUGGUGUCCAGCGGAGAUAGUGGAUCGAGUGGCAGCAACCAGAAGAUGAAGAUUCUCCUGCUCGACAGAGACACAGUGCCCAUUGUCUCCUCCGCUACGACACAGUCGGCCCUCCUCAACCACUCCGUAUACCUCACCGACCGACUCGACAACGAAGAGCGGGAGAAGAUGCGGCAUCUACGCUGUCUCUGCUUCCUUCGACCUUCGCCGGACAGCAUCCAGCUUCUGAUUGACGAGCUUCGGGAGCCAAAGUACGGCGAAUACCAUGUCUACUUCAGCAACAUCAUCAAGAAAUCCUCUCUCGAACGGCUAGCGGAAGCGGACGACCAUGAAGUUGUCAAAUCAAUUGUCGAAUACUUUGCCGAUUUUCUGGUGAUAAACCCCGAUUUGUGCUCGUUACCACUGUCGUCUCGACUGUUCUCGUCCUCGCCAGACGCAUGGAACCAUGACAGCCUCACUCGGACAGUGGAGGGCGUCGUGGGAACGCUGCUAGCGCUGAAGAAGAAGCCGUUGAUACGGUACGAGAAGAACAGUCUGCUGUGCAAGAAGCUGGCGACGGAGGUUCGGUACUCGAUGACACAGGAGGAGCAACUGUUCGACUUUCGAAAAGCAGAUACACCACCUAUACUCCUGCUGGUGGACAGGCGGGAUGAUCCGGUAACACCUCUGCUCACGCAGUGGACGUAUCAAGCUAUGGUGCACGAAUUGAUGGGCAUCGAGAAUGGGAGGGUGAACUUGAGUGAUGUGCCGGAAGUGCGGCCAGAAUUCAAGGAAAUUGUCAUAUCCCAGGAUCAAGAUCCGUUCUUUGCAAAGAACAUGUACCUCAAUUUCGGCGACCUUGGACAAAACGCAAAGGACUACGUCGAACAGUUCGCAUCGAAACAAGCUUCAGGCCAAAAGCUCGACAGCAUCGAAGACAUGAAGCGCUUCGUAGAAGAGUACCCGGAGUUCAGGCGGCUUAGCGGCAACGUUACGAAGCACGUCACGCUCGUCGGAGAGCUGAGCAGGCGAGUCGGUACGGACCACCUCCUCGACGUCUCUGAGCUCGAGCAGAGCCUAGCCUGUAACGACAGCCACAGCCAAGACGUCAAGACCCUCCAAAACCUCAUCAAAGACCCAUCAAUCCCUCCUUCCAACAAGCUCCGCCUUGUGGCAAUCUACGCGCUCCGCUACUCCGGCCACACCAACAACAACACCCCCGCCCUCAUGGAACUCCUCGCCGUAGCUGGCGGCGUGAGUCGUCAUCGCAUUAACCUCAUCCCCAAACUCCUCUCCUACGCCCACUCACUCCAAUCAAUACCACAAGGCGGCGGCAUACCAGAGCUCUUCCAGCCCAGCAAUAUCUUCUCCGAAGCGCGCUCACGUCUAAAUCGAGGGCUUCGCGGCGUCGAGAACGUCUACACGCAGCACUCGCCGCGUCUGGAGACGACGCUGCAGGAUCUCAUCAAAGGUCGGCUGAACAUGAACAGCUAUCCUUUCGUUGAAGGCGGUGGGCAGACGCGGGAUAAGCCGCAGGAUGUUAUUGUGUUUAUGGUGGGCGGGGCGACAUAUGAGGAGGCGAAGAUGGUGGCGCAGGUGAAUGCCAGUUCGCCUGGUGUGCGGGUCGUGCUCGGAGGGACUGGUGUGCAGAAUAGCAGUUCUUUCUUGGAUGAAGUGGAAGAGGCUGUGGAUGCAUGGCCGGAGCCGAGACCGGAGACGGCGGCCGGGAGGUUGAAGAAGGAAGUUGGAAGAGUGUAA